CAUGCAAUUGGUUCCUUCCUAACGGUCUUCCUAGGCCUCUGGAAGAGGUGAGAAAAGAUGGCAAAAGCAGCAUUAGUUCCUAGCUCAGUCCUCCUUACCCAAGGACAGGAUGGCGUGGGUGCGAUUGAACGGACUCGCAGCCUGCUGUCCACACGGAGGCUGAGCAUCUCCCCGAACAUCCUGGAGCUCCUGUCAAUGCCUUUCUUAGAAGAACUAGAAGCUGAUUACCGGCCUAGAAUAUCUGACGACCUCAAAAUAGGUUUUGCAAUCUCAGAUCAUGCCACUCAAACUGAUAUAAGUGAAAUAGCAGAUCUAAAAGAGUUUAUGGUAACAACAAGAACUUUGUUACAGUUCACAAACUCGGUCUCCGAUGAAUUUGCAAGGUAUAAAAGUGUCCUUCAAACACAGUAUGAGGAAAAAAUAAAGGAGCAUGCAUUCAAUCUCUGGCUAGAAAUCAACGACAAACUGAAAUAUAUUGAGGAUAUUUAUAAGCAGAAAGAGGUCAAGAUGCGGCAUAGCUUCCAACAGCAAUUAUGCGAUGCACUUGCAAUUCUUAAAGCACACUAUGCAAAAUAUUAUCGUAUAGAGCAAGAAUUAUAUGGAGCAGAUGAUGAUUCAAUAGGCAAAAAGCUUGAGAGGUUAAGGGAUGAACUUGAUGAGCAAGCUAUUACAAUCCUAAGCUUGGAAGAAGAGCUGCAGGAGUAUAAAAACAAAGAUAAGUUUGCAGACAGAGACACUGAAAUACACUUGCUUCACCAAGAAAUUGCGGAAUUCAAAGACCAAAUGGCCAUCCUGAGUGCAAGAAACGCACGCCUUCAAGAUACUGUGAAACGCAGAGAGAAAGAAUUUGUUGAAUUAGAGAAUGAAAUGCUAUCUGUGCAAGAGAAAAAAGAAAAAGAUAUGAAGAUAAUUCAAAAGCUAGUGAACUCUCAAGAAUUAUUGAAGUUGGAGCUUGACAGGGAGAAGCAGCGAGUGCUAUCUAAAACUCGGGAAGUAAAGGAAGCACAAGAUAGUCUAGCAAAAUUAUCAGGAACCGCAAUGGAAGCUACAACAGAGGUACCAACUGAAGUCCAAGAAGGAAAACCAGCAAAGAAGAAAAAGGGAUCGAAAUGGAAGGCAACCAAAGAGGUCAUUGCCAAAGAAACUGCCAUCAGAACUGCUAAAAAAGCUGGCAUGAGAGAAGCCAUUGCCAAACAAGCCAAGUCCAAAGAAGCCAUGGCCAAAGAAGCCAUGGCUAAAGACACCAUGGUCAAAGAAACCAUGGCCAAAGCAGCUGAAGAAAAGGAAUUGUUAUUGGAGUCAGAUAAGGCUGUGCAAGAGAAGGACAGAGCAACUGAGAGAAAAGAAUUUCAGGCUGAAAUAAAGAGACUGAAAAAAGCUGAAUAUGAGGCAAGACAGCUUGCACUGAGACUCCAACAAGACUUAAAUCAAUCUGGUCGAUCGUGGAAAAAAAAGUUUGAAAUUCUAAAGAAAAGCCUGCAUGCAAUUAAGGAUGAGAUGUUCCUCAGACAAUCAUUGCGUCAGGCAGCCAAAUUUAAACAAGCAUCUUUUACUGAGAGGACUCCUUCUCCCAUACACAUUCAGACCCCUACAUUUAAAAAAAAGUCAUUUUUGACUGGUUUAUACAUGCAAUAUUCACCUCUGCCAGACAUAACACGUCAACCAGUCAUAGAAGCAAUUGAAGAAGAGAGCAGUGAUGUCAAACUUCCAGUUACAAUUGAAAUUCCUAGUGCAUUUGAGGGUGAGUCUGCAGAUGAGGAAGAAGUUGAGGAAUCUGCACCGGCACCAUCACCCCUUUCCUCUGUACCUUGAUAGUGUUGCUGAAACAACCUGCUGGGAGAAGGAAAAAGGAAGAUGAAAUUCAUUGCAGCAUCUUCUUAGGCAGCUCGCCUACCUGGAAAGGAUGCAUGCUUUCACCAAGGAUGCCCUGAAAGCCAUCCCUCUUGUCCCUUGCACGUUUCUGGUCAUGCUUCUCAGUUAUGAAGCCUAGGAGAUCAGUAGUUCUUAUGCUAUACGCUUGCUUAUAGGCUUGUCCAUCCCCACUAGAAAACUGGCUGUUAUCAUCAAGUCAUGAAUGAAUUUCAAUAAAGUGAUAACUCCA